AUGGGAAGGCUAGUGGUAACAAUACUGCUCGUGCUGUGCUUGAUCUUCCUGACGACGUGUUCAAUCUCGACGCGCGCGGCGAUGGCGUCCCGUGCGCACGGCAACCUCCGGCGAGGUCUAGAGCGAGCCAUGCGCGGCCGCCUGCUUGCGGACGGGACGGCGUCGCCACCAGGAGGGGCGGUCGUGCCCUCCCACUGGACCCCGGGGCUCUAUAACGUGGCGAACUUCACCAUCGGCACGCCGCCGCAGGCCGCGUCGGCUUUCAUCGACCUCUCCGGGGAGCUUGUCUGGACGCAGUGCUCGCUGUGCCGCCGCUGCUUCAAGCAGGAUCUGCCCGUGUUCACCCCAAACUCGUCGUCCACCUUCCAGGCGGCGCCGUGCGGCGGCGACGUCUGCAAGUCCAUCCCGACGAGCAACUGCUCCAGCAACAUGUGCUUCUACGACGGCCCGCUCACCUCGCUGGGCGGGAACACCUUCGGGUUCGCCGCCGCCGACAAAUUCACCAUUGGGACGGCCACGGCGAGCCUCGGAUUCGGGUGCGUCGUGGCUAGCGACAUCGACACCAUGGGAGGACCCUCCGGGUUUAUCGGGCUAGGGAGGACGCCAUGGUCGCUCGUCGCACAGAUGAAGCUCACCAAGUUCUCCUACUGCCUGGUGCCACACGACAGCGGGAAGACCAGCCGGCUGUUCCUCGGCUCCUCCGCCAAACUCGCCGGCGGCAAGAGCGCCACGGCGCAGCUAGUCAAGACCUCCCCAGGCGACGUGCUGAACCAAGAUUACCCACUCCAGUUGGAAGGGAUAAAAGCCGGCGACGCGGUGAUCUCGCCGCCUCAGGGAGCCAGCACCAUCCUGGUCCACACUGUCGCGCCGGUCAGCUUCCUGGUGGACAGCACGUACCAGGACCUCAAGAAGGCGGUGAUGAAAGCCGUCGGCGCCGCGCCGACGUCGAAGCCGGUGGAGCCUUUCGACCUCUGCUUCCCGAAAGCAGGGGUCAGCGGCGCGCCAAGCAUCGUCUUCACGUUCCAUGGCGCCGCCGCGCUGACGGUGGAGCAGCCGAAGUACCUGAUCGAGGCAGACAAGGACACGUUGUGCUUGGCGAUCCUGAGCACGUCGUGGCUGAACUCGACGGAGUUGGACGAGAUGAACAUCCUGGGGAGCUUGCAGCAGGAGAACAUCCACAUGCUCUUCGACCUCGACAAGGAGACGGUCUCCUUCGAACCUGCAGACUGCAGCUCCCUCUCCUGAUCAAUGGCGGCUAGCUGCUUCUUGCUGGAAGCUCUACCGUACUGUUCCAGCGUCCAUGUGUGCACAGUACUACAGUGUGCAGGUGUGCAUGUUCAUAGUCAGAAUAACGCAGCCA